GUGAAAUGUGACACCCAUAUUCUAAUAUAUAUAACAAUAUGACUCAAAACGCCAAAGUUAUAUUACAAGGAAAUAAAAUUGAUUUUAGUUUAUCUGAUUUAACAACCGUUCCAAUAAAAUCGAUACUAAAUUUUCCUAGAUAUAUUUCUCUCGACUUGUCUUGCAAUAAAAUAUCUCAUAUUGGUACUGAUUUUUGUUCGUUAGUACAUAUUGUAGACUUAGAUAUAAGCAGAAAUUUAUUAUCAGAGUUACCAGAAGCAUUUGGAAAUCUUAUAAGAUUACAACAUCUUGAUCUAAGUGAUAAUCAUCUAACAAAUUUGCCCACCAGUUUCUAUCGUCUUUCAAAUCUAAAAUAUUUAGAUCUCAAGGGCAACCCAUUAAAUGAUAAAUUAAGACCUGUUGCUGGCUUCUGCUUGGAUGAAAGUGAAUGUAAAAGCUGUGCAAAAAAGGUAGUGGCACAUUACAAAAAUAUUCAAGCUACAAUUGAUAAGCAAAAACAAAAAGAAGAACAAAUUAGACAAGACGCCCUUCGUAAAAUGGAAGAGAAGGAACGCAAAGAACAGGAGGCCAUGCGGAUGAAUAAAAAACUUGAAAAGGAUAAACGAAGAUUGGAGAUUGAGCAGAAGCGAUUGCAGGAGCAUUGGAAUCAAGACCCAUCUCAUAAUAGGAUCACUGAGUAUACAAAUGAUAAGGACAAGUUACCAGGAAAUAAACCGUUCAAAUUUUCCCCUCGGACAUUGGUCCUUAUACUGUUUGCUCUGGCUUUCAUAUGCGCGAUGUUUUAUUUUCUAUGGGUAGUCGGUGUUGGGCCUUCGGCGUUCAUGACAUCCGAUUUAUGAAACCAUAAUAUUUAUUAAUAAUAAAUUAUAUCGGAUUUAUCGAAAUUUUAAAUCUUUUUAAACAAAAGUGAUGUAUUAUAAAAAAAUGUUGGGAGAGGGAACAGGGGAUUUAGGAAAAAUUUCUACCCGAAAAAAUCAUAUUUUUGCACAUUAUCUCUCAAUAUUUCAUAUUAGCAAAAAUUUUAUCAUAAAGUAAUUAGUAUUAAUAAAAAAUAUGGUAUAUUUAUUACGAAUAAUAAUUCAAAUUUAUAUUUUUGGUUAUAGAUUUAUUAUUAUGAGAUCUUAGUAAUAUUGUUAAAUAACCUUUAUUCACGUAUAUUUUUUUUGAAAGAAAUACUUUGUUAUUGGGAAAUUUCCCCUAUCAAUUUUACUAGCAUUUUUAAAAUUUGUUAUGUUUUUUUCAUCUUAUUUAUGCACCAUUUUCAAAUUCCAUU